UUAUUGUCGCCUGCGGUGACCUACAUCCAGUGUCGGGCAAAUGCCAGUGUGUUCGAUCCCCAUUUCGCAGAUUAUGUAUCGCAUACACCCAGUUUCGGACGAGCGGUGCAACCGCUUUCUCGGGAGAAAACUGCCGCCGCGCGUGUCGGGCAUGGUCUGUCGGCGCCUUUGAGAUCGUCCACCCGAUCCCGCACCUCGACAGUAAGCUUGCAUGAGUUCGGGGAGCUUCACAUUCCCAGGACCGAGAAGGAUGGCAUGGGUCUUCCAUAUUGUUACCGAGCGCAUGCAUGCACGUGAUGGUCUUUAUGCUAUGUGUCGAGUACCGUACGCUUUAUUCCUGCGAAGUUGGGCUUCCUUCAUGCCGUGCGUAGAUCGAUCCUUGACCGAACCUGCGAUUCUAGCACAGUUAUCCAUCAAGUGUCAGAAUGUCUCGUCAAGCAAAGACACUGGCAGACGUUGUGAAGUUGCAACAAACCGUCGAGCUGCUCUCGAAAGCUGUGCAGGUAGUAGUGGCAGAAUGGGCUAAGGAAUCAGAGCAUCUUGUAGCAGCUGUAAAUGGGGUCUCCACAAGUUCUGCAAAGACACUUCCCAGUCGUGAGCUCUACGACGCGCAGCGUACGAUCCUCGCUGCUACUGGCAUGCUCACGGAACUCGUGCAGGAGCCUAGUGUCAGGAUUCUGGAAGUCGCAACUCAGUUUCAAGAAUCUCGCGCUCUAUACAUUGCAGCUGAACGGCGAGUAGCAGAUCUUUUGGCAGUGAAAGACAAAACCGGAGGAACUCCGCUUUCUGAAAUUAGCGAUCACACCAGAAUUGAAAGCCGCAAGCUGUCACGCAUUCUCAGGUACCUCACCUCAAUUGGCAUUUUCAAACAAACUGGGCCCGAGACCUUUGCAAACAAUUCCGUUUCGGCAGCGCUGGUCUCGAAUGGGCCUUUGAGAGCAUACGUGCAGCUUGUGAAUAGCGAAGCAUUCAGCGCUUCUGAUCGUCUGCCCAGAAAUUUGUUGCAUCCCGUGACAGGUCCUUCCUACGAUGUGACGAAAACGGCGUGGCAAGACGCGAUCCAGACAACAAAGUCACGAUGGGAUUGGAUCGAAGAACGAGUGGAGCAAGAAAAACUUCUGGACUCUGGGGGGCAUUAUCCAGGUAUUCCCAGCGUUGUCAUCGAGCCGCCGCCAAAGGGAGAGGAUGGGUUGGUUGCUAGACCAGAGCUUGCCAUUAUGGGUCUAGCUAUGAUUGGCGGCGGUCGCGUAUUUGGCUCUGCUCAUGUCCACGACUUCCCAUGGGCAUCUCUGGGUAACAGCUUGAUUGUAGACGUUGGCGGAGGUGUUGGGGGUUUCCCACUUCAGUUAAGUAUGGUGUAUCCUGACCUACGUUUCGAGGUACAAGAUCGUGGUCCUGUGAUCAAACAAGGCCUUGAACACGUCUGGCCGAAGGAGAAUCCACAAGCACUCAAAGAUGGUCGCGUAAAGUUUACAGAGCACAGCUUCUUUGAGAAGAAUCCCACAACGGGUGCGGAUAUAUACAUUUUACGACUCGUCCUCCACGACUGGUCCGAUGAAUACUGCAUCAAAAUCUUGAAAGGCAUUAAGGAUAGCAUGGCGACUAAAUCUCGCCUUCUGAUUAUCGAACAAGUGAUGAAUACCACUUUAGGAAGUCCUGAUUUACAAUCUGCACCAGCGCCCCUGCCUGCCAACUACGGUUGUUAUACACGCUUCAGUCACAGUCGUGACAUUACCAUGAUGGCUUCCAUUAAUGGUAUCGAGCGCACCCCAGACGAGUUUAGAAAGCUUCUAGAUGCAGCAGGUCUAAACUUCAAGAAAAUUUGGAACGUGAGGAGUCAAAUGUCGCUUAUCGAGGCGAUUCUGCAAUAGAAAUUGGGCGGUACAUGUUCGAUUGAGUAAAACAAAAUUCAGAGAUUGAGAAAUUCCGGAUGUGUCGCUAGGUAGAAGAUCAAUGAUGAACUCAACUACGAGUGUACUUACAUUGACUUGCCCACGGUAUUAGCAACUAUAAAGG